AUGUCAGUUGUUAUUCUUGGUUCUGGCUUGGUUGGGAAUUUGCUCAAUUGUUUGGUAUUUGCACAAAGAUCACUUCGAUCACGACCAUGUGUGGUCUAUUUUCUUGUGGCUAGUAUAUUGAAUUUAAUAAUUAUUUUUUCGGGCGUUGCACCACGUGCAUUUCAAAGCUUUUUUAUGAUUGCGGAUCGAACAGAGACAGUAUCUGUAUUAUGUAAACUACGUCUUGUUGUUCUUUUUACAAUGCGUACUAUUUCAUCAUGGUUAUUAACUCUUGCUAGUGUGGAUCGUUAUUUAAUUUCAAGUCCUAAUAUCAAUCGACGUCGAAUGAGCAAUUUGAAGAAUGAUUAUCUUUGGAUUUUAAUUGUUAGUAUCAUUUCAGCUCUAGUCUGGGCUGAAUCUGGCUACUGUUUUGAUGCUAAUAUGAUUGGUACACCUCAAAAAUGUUAUGCCAAAUCUGAUGCAUGCCGUGUUUUUAAUGAUCUUGCUCAAUCACUUAUUACAACUAUUAUUCCAUCCACGGCCAUGCUGGUUAUUGGCUUAUUUACUAUUAACAAUGUUCGAAAAGUCCAUAGAAUAGGACCUUCUUCAGUUGGUAUGAGCUGUAAUAAUUAUGCUAGACGAAAUACAAAAGACGAAAGAAGUUUAACUGUAAUGUUAAUUGCGCAAGUUAUUCUUUUGACUAUAUUUACUUUACCACAAGCAGGACAAAAAUUUUAUUUGACGUAUACAUUUUAUCAAACAAAAUCAUCAACUCAACGAGCACUCGAAAGUCUUAUUUUUAGCUUUGUUCUUCUUCUUACAUAUACGCCCAAUUGCAUACCAUUUUAUUUGUAUACAAUAACUGGUACGAUAUUUCGAGAAACGCUUUUCAAAUUAUUACAAAAUGGAAUAAAACACUUGAACUGUUUUCAUUAA